UUCAGGGCAGUUAAAUUUUAGUACAUUUUUUAUGUUGAUUACUUUAGCACAAUGGGCAGGCCUCUUCGGCUGAGUGCUCAAAAUGUCGAAAAAAUGGUGGUGAUGUCCUCAUUACUAGCUCUGCGAAAAAGAAAAAAGAACUUCCUAGCUUAUCUACCACGAUACAAACCUCGGACAGUGUUCCAAAAAAGGUACCAGUAGUAUUGAAGCAAGAUUGGCCUCCAUACUCUUGCAGUAUUUGUGAUAAAUCAUUUUCCUAUAAAUCUCUUUGGACAAUACAUCAGCGUAAACAUAGUGAAAGGAGACCAUACAAAUGCAGAUUUUGUGACGCACGAUUCAAGCACAACAGCGGUAAAUUGCAGCACGAACGAAAUACUCAUAUGAAAGUCGCUGGUUUUGAGUGCGCUAUUUGCGGGAAAAGGUUUAAUCAUAAAUGUUCUCUUAUUCCCCACCGUCGAAUACAUUCUGGGGAAAAACCGUUUCGUUGCCAAACCUGUGGUACAAGCUUUUGUACGAAAUCAGAUCUUGUUAGACAUCAAAAUGUGCAUAGUGAAGAAAAAAAAUUCAAAUGCCGCGUAUGCCACAAGCGAUUCAAACACCAACGCUCUAAGACAAUGCAUGAACGUUUACAUGUGGAGGACCCUCGUUUUGAAUGCGCCUUCUGCGGAAAGAAAUAUACCCAGAAACAUGGUCUAACCAAUCACAUAAUAUCAUCUAAUUGCAAAACGAGUCAAAAAAUGGUUUCCAAAUUAUCCCGUUGCAAUGAUCCUGCCUCAAAAAAUUCACAGAACUGUUUCUCUGAUCCAACUAAAGAGGCCGAUUAUGUGAUCCCGAACGUACCUGACGAUGACGAGGUUGUCAGCGGUAUUUCUGUCAGUCCUCAAUUUAACCGCCAAUUGCAAACACUGCGAAUUGAGCAAGUGAAAAAUAUAGUGACAACCCAACAACCAAACUGCAAUGAUGAUGAGCUGAAUGUGUGCCAGCACAAUGGGCAGGCCUCUUCGGCUGAGUGCUCAAAAUGUCGGAAAAAUGGUGGUGAUGUCCUCAUUACUAGCUCUGCGAAAAAGAAAAAAGAACUUCCCAGCUUAGCUACCACGAUACAAACCUCGGACAGUGUUCCAAAAAAGGUACCAGUAGUAUUGAUGCAAGAUUGGCCUCCAUACUGUUGCAGUAUUUGUGAUAAAUCAUUUUCCUAUAAAUCUCUUUGGACAAGACAUCAGCGUAAACAUAGUGAAAAGAGAACAUACAAAUGCAGAUUUUGUGACGCACGAUUCAAGCACAACUGCAGUAAAUUAAAACACGAACGAGAUACUCAUACGAAAGUCGCUUGUUUUGAGUGCGCUAUUUGCGGGAAAAUGUUUAAUCAUAAAUAUAAUAUGAUUGCCCACCUGCGAAUACAUUCUGGUGGAAAACCGUUUCGUUGCCAAACCUGUGGUACAAGCUUUUGUGUGAAAAUAGAUCUUGUUAGACAUCAAAAUGUGCAUAGUGAAGAAAAAAAAUUCAAAUGCCGCGUAUGCGACAAGCUAUUCAAAUACGAUCAAUCUAAGACAAGGCAUGAACGUUUACAUGUGGAGGGUCUUCGAUUUGAAUGCGCCUUAUGCGGCAAGAAAUAUGGCCAGAAACAUAGUCUAACCACUCACAUAUCAUCUAAUUGCAAAACGAGUCAAAAAAUGGUUUCCAAAUUAUUCCAUUGCAAUGAAAAGUAUGUGGAACAUGUUGAUGAUGAUAAUCAAUUUUCCAAUUCGACCGCCCUCUCCCCACAAAAAUUGAAUGACAAUGGUCCUUGUAACGCAGAAGCGCAAUCUCAACAAUGUUAUGAAAAGGAUCCUGCCUCAGCAGACUUACAGAACUGUUUCUCUGAUCCGACUAAAGUGACCGAUGGUGUGUCCUCAAACAUACUCGGCGACGAUGACAUUUUCAGUGGUAUUUCUGUCAGUUCUCAAAUCAACUGUCAAUUGCGUAAGAAUGAUACUGCUGCCAGUUCAACUAAUGAACAAUUUGAUAAGACACACGUUAUGAAAAAACUGCGGAUAGAACUAGUGCGAGUGACAACCCAACAACUAAACUGCAACGAUGAGCUAAAUUUGUGCCAGCGCAAUGGGCAGGUUUCUUCUUCAGCUGAGUGCUCAAAACGUCGAAAAAAUGGUGAUAGGGGCCGGAUAAAUUGCUCUGCGAGAACGAAAAAAGAACUUGCUACUCGUAGCUUAGCUACUACGAUAGAAACCUCGGACAGUGUCCCAAAAAAGGUGCUUGUACGAGAAGUAUUGAUGGGCGAUAUACCACCAUACUGUUGCAAUAUCUGUGAUAAAUCGUUUCCCUGCAAAUCACAAUGGACAAAACAUCAGCGAAAACAUAGUGAAAAGAGACCAUACAAAUGCAGAUUUUGUGACGCACGAUUCAAGCACAACUACAGUAAAUUAAUGCACGAACGAGAUACUCAUACGAAAGUCGCUUGUUUUGAGUGCGCUAUUUGCGGGAAUAUGUUUAAUCUUAAGCGUUCUCUUGUUCGCCACCUGCGAAUACAUUCUGGUGGAAAACCGUUUCGUUGCCAAACCUGUGGCAACAGCUUUUCUCAGAAAUGCAAUCUUGUUGCUCAUCAAAACUCCCACAGUAAGGAAAAAACCUUCAAAUGCCGAAUGUGCGACCAGCUAUUCAAAUAUCGAAAUCAGAAGACAGUUCAUGAACGUUUACAUGCGGAGGGUCCUGGUUUUGAAUGCGCCCUAUGCGGCAAGAAAUAUAACCAAAAAUCGGGUCUAGCCUAUCACAUAUCACAUGAUUGUAGUUAGAUUUCAAUAAACAGUAUUCAAAUGUGUGCAGAUUUGAAUUCUGGAUUUAUUUGUUUUUGUGUGUUUCUGAGUUCUUACUUACCCAUGAUAAAAGAGUCCAAAAAUUGUUUCCAAAUUCUUGUACUGCAAUGGUAGAUAGACAUAUCUAUGUUCUUAUUUUAGUAAUAGGUAUCUAUAUACCUAUUUGUAUUCAUGUUAGCCUGUGUAAGUGGCACUUAGUGUAUAAUUA